AUGGGCCGCGAUUAUCCUUUGAACAUAUCUGGCUACACGGUGUUGCCGCUGGAGCUCCCGCCGCUGCCUUCGCUGCCAAAACCAGCGACGCAUUUCCUCUACCUUCAACCACAUCAACCCAAGAUACCCGAUCCGGCUGCAGCGCGCUCGCUGUUCAUUGUGAAUGUACCCAUCACGUCGACAGAAAUUCACUUCAGGCACCUUUUCGGCAUACAACUGUCCGCUGGCCGAGUAGAGUCAGUCCGUUUCCACGAGGCUUCCGGCAAAGAAUCCGGCGCCGUCGCCCCGGCACCCAACCCCGAUCACACACGAGGCAAGAAGCGCAAGAGAGAGACGGCCGAAGAAUUGGAAAAGCAGCUCGAGACAAUACAACUACCGCACACAUGGGAUCGAGAAAUUCACACUCCUGGCGCACAUGCCGUGGUGGUGUUUGUGGACAAACCCAGCAUGGAAACUAGCUUGAAAGCAGCGAAGAAGGCCGCGAAAUCCGCGUCGAAAAUAGUUUGGGGCGAAGGAAUCGAAACAAGGCUGCCGCCAUUGGGGCUGCAGAGAUAUGAGAAUCAUAUUCGGUUAAAAUAUCCGCCAAAGGAAGAUUUGUUGCGCAUGGUUAACGAAUACAUGACUAUCUACGAUCGUCUCGAACAGGCGCGGGCGCGCGAAGCUACUGCUGGAGGGCAAGUACCGGAUGCGGAUGGAUUUAUUACGGUGGUAAAGGGUCCGAAGAGAAACCCUGAUAGGGAGGAGGAAUUGAAAGCGCUGGCGGAGAAGCAGAAGGAUAGAAAUAAGGGUUUGGAGGAUUUCUACCGGUUCCAGAUGAGAGAGAGACGAAAGGAGAAGCAGAACCAAUUGGUGAAACAGUUUGAAGCGGAUAAGAAGAAGGUGGAAGAAAUGAAGAAGCGGAGAGGGAAGAUUAGGCCUGAGUGA